AUGGGGCCUCCAACGAUGGUCACCUUUGGAACGCCCGACAUUGAGGCAUUAUUAGAGCUGAAUCCGAGGGUGAAUCAAAGCGCCCAUUUGGUACCGAGUUCAGUCACAAAGAAGGAAAAAUUAAAAUGGAAACGGAAUGCGGAUAAAUCGUGUAAGACGUGUUCGAAUGACUACGUGAAUGAUUUUCGUGAUGUGAAGCACACAACUUUAUCGGAAAGAGGUGCCUUAAGGGAGGCUAUGCGCUGUCUGAAAUGCGCAGAUGCUCCGUGUCAAAAGAGUUGUCCCACACAACUUGACAUUAAGACCUUCAUCACAAGUAUCGCUAAUAAGAACUAUUACGGUGCGGCACGUCAAAUCUUCAGUGACAACCCACUCGGUUUAACGUGCGGAAUGAUUUGUCCAACAUCAGAUCUUUGUGUUGGAUCGUGCAAUUUGUAUGGAACUGAAGAGGGACCCAUCAAUAUCGGUGGAUUGCAACAGUUCGCCACUGAAGUGUUCAAGCAAAUGAACAUCCGUCAAAUUGUCUCUAAAGAAGUGAUCGCUUCACGAAAUGCCGCACAUCAAUAUCCCAUAGCGUUGUUGGGCUGUGGCCCAGCCAGCAUCUCGUGUGCUAGUUUCUUGUGUCGUCUUGGAUAUACUGACGUUACAAUCUAUGAGAAGAAUGACUUUAUUGGAGGAUUGAGUUCCUCCGAAAUUCCACAAUAUCGUUUGCCAUAUAAUGUGGUCGAUUUUGAAAUACAGCUGGCCAAGGACAUUGGUGUAAAGGUAUGCAUCUAUCUUGAAAGUAUCAUAUAG